AGGGAAGACUGGCAAUGAAGAGAAGCUAUGAAGGGAACAUCUGCAUAGAUGGCAGACACAGGGUUCCAGUGACGAUGUCGAAGCACCACGAUGCAGGGACAGCUUUCAUCCAGACCCAGCAGCUGCACGCUGCCAUGGCAGACACCUUCCUGGAGCACAUGUGCCGCUUGGACAUCGACUCGGAGCCAACCAUUGCAAGAAACACUGGCAUCAUCUGCACCAUCGGCCCAGCCUCCCGCUCGGUGGAGAAGCUGAAGGAAAUGAUUAAAUCUGGAAUGAAUGUUGCCCGCCUCAACUUCUCUCAUGGCACCCACGAGUAUCAUGAGGGCACAAUCAAGAACGUGCGAGAAGCUACAGAGAGCUUUGCCUCUGAUCCCAUCACCUACCGACCUGUGGCUAUUGCACUGGAUACCAAGGGACCUGAAAUUAGAACUGGACUCAUUAAGGGAAGUGGCACAGCAGAAGUGGAGCUGAAGAAGGGGGCAGCCCUCAAAGUGACCCUGGACGAUGCCUUCAUGGAGAACUGCGAUGAGAACACGCUGUGGGUGGACUACAAGAAUCUCACCAAGGUUGUAGAAGUUGGCAGCAAAAUCUAUGUGGAUGACGGUCUGAUUUCCUUGCUGGUUAAGGAGAAAGGCAAGGACUAUGUCAUGACGGAGAUCGAGAACGGUGGCAUGCUGGGCAGCAAGAAGGGAGUCAACCUGCCCGGUGCCGCAGUCGACCUGCCUGCGGUCUCUGAAAAGGACAUUCAGGACCUAAAAUUCGGUGUGGAGCAGAACGUGGAUAUGGUGUUUGCUUCCUUCAUCCGCAAAGCUGCUGAUGUCCACGCUGUCAGGAAGGUGCUAGGGGAAAAGGGAAAGAACAUCAAGAUCAUCAGCAAGAUCGAGAACCAUGAGGGUGUGCGCAGGUUUGAUGAGAUCAUGGAGGCCAGCGAUGGCAUUAUGGUGGCCCGUGGUGACCUGGGAAUUGAGAUCCCUGCUGAAAAAGUCUUCCUUGCCCAGAAGAUGAUGAUUGGACGUUGCAACAGGGCUGGCAAACCCAUCAUCUGUGCCACUCAGAUGCUGGAGAGCAUGAUCAAGAAGCCUCGCCCGACGCGCGCCGAGGGCAGCGACGUGGCUAACGCCGUCCUGGACGGAGCAGACUGCAUCAUGCUCUCCGGAGAGACUGCCAAGGGGGACUACCCGCUGGAGGCCGUCCGCAUGCAGCACGCUAUUGCUCGGGAGGCUGAGGCCGCAAUGUUUCACCGUCAGCUCUUCGAAGAGAUUUUACGCCUCAAUGUUAACAACAGGGACCCUGCCGAUGCCAUGGCAGCGGGCGCGGUGGAGGCCUCUUUUAAGUGCUUAGCUCCAGCCCUGAUAGUUCUGACCGAGUCUGGCAGGUCAGCACACCUGGUGUCCCGGUACCGCCCGCGGGCUCCCAUCAUCGCCGUGACCCGUAACGACCAGACGGCUCGCCAGGCCCACCUCUACCGGGGCAUCUUCCCCGUCCUCUGCAAAGAACCGGCCCACGACGCCUGGGCGGAGGAUGUGGACCUUCGCGUGAACCUGGGCAUGAAUGUCGGCAAAGCCCGUGGGUUCUUCAAGAGCGGGGACCUGGUGAUCGUGCUGACGGGCUGGCGCCCCGGCUCCGGCUACACCAACACCAUGCGCGUGGUGCCCGUUCCCUGAAGGGCCCGCCGCCCACCAGCGACCACCACCUUCCUUCCCCCCUCCCCUCGCUCCCCUCGCCUUAGACCAGCCAUGGCUUGCGAUGUCCUCCUUGUCCCUAGCGUGGAUGUAGGUUGCUCAACACCACCCAGCGCGGCAGCAGCAGCAGCAGGGGGAAGAGACCUUAAAUCACUAAAAAGAAAACCAAUACUUGAAA